UUGUUGCUCUACCCAAUACGUACUUCCUUCCCCGAUGAGAAUCACCUCUUGGACAAAGCUUGCUCCCAGCCUGUCUUCCGCCUCUGGUCGGGGUGCAGCAGUAACAGCUAUGGCGGCAGCGUCCACCGGAACAGCAUCUAUACCAACAUGGCAAGCUUUACUACAAAAAGGUAUUGCACGGCACAAGAACGACCCAACAGCCAAGUACUGCCAGCUCGCAACGGCGGCGAUCGGCGGCGGGGCUUCCUGCAGAACCUGGGUCUUCCGAGGGUUCUACGAAGACAAGGGUGCCCUUACGUUUGUUACUGAUAGAAGGAGCCAAAAGGUCCCCGAGAUUGCCGCUGAUCCCGUUGGCAGUCGUCUUGCGCGCCCUCCUAUCACGAUUUUUCGGCACCGUCCGUAUGCACUGACGAAACAAAUAUACGUCCUUGAAGCCGGAGAAGUCUGUUUUUACCUGAAGAAAACCCGGGAGCAGUUUCGGGUCAAGGGGCGGCUCCAGGUGGUCGAUGCCGGAGAGAGCGACGAGGCCCUGGCCAAGGCGCGGCGACACCAAUGGACCCAGAUCAGCCCAGCCUCGCAAACUUCCUUCGAGAGCUCCUUGAUACCGGGACUAGGGGUCCCGCCGGAGCCGCAUACCGAUCACUCGGACGAUGGUGGAGCUACAGGAACGAUGCAGGAGGGAAGCCAGACCCAUCGAAGAGGAGGCGAAGGGGAGGCGAGUGUGAGCGAAGGGGACGUGUCAAAAAGUUCGGUUUCAGACGAGUUUUGCCUGGUGCUGCUGUGGCCGAGCUUCGUGGACCAUCUGCGACUGGCCGACGGGCAGUCGCGGAGCAUAUAUAAGAUCAGGGGAGACAGGGAUGGAGCAGGAGUGAUUCUGGCAGGCGUAAGUGCGGCAGCAGCAAGGGAAGACGCUAGUGGUGGGACGGACGGGGUACCACAAUCUCCUGUUACUUGGGUGACUAUGGCGGUCAACCCAUGACGUGAUGCUUAAUCGGCGCACUUAGACGCUCCAGAAACGAAGAGAGACACACACUGGCGUGUGCUGAUCACAACUCUGGUAUGGAGAGUAGUAUGUACGCGAUGUGUUUCGGAUGUCAUGGAACGGUGCAAAUUUUACGUUGUCUGGAAGAAAACACUUACCGGGGCUUGCUGUGUGCGCGAAAAUUCUGGGUGCAUCCAAGAAGCAGCCUUGUUUCGCUAGAUUCAGUACGAAAGAAACAUUCUUGAAUAGCAAGGGAUGCCGGGAAAAAGGAAGUCGGUAGGGGUACUAAGUGAAACACACAUCCACACAGGUCGAGGGGUCCAAUCCUUGUCCCUGGAGUGAAAUUCACCGGAGGAGUUUCACAGACAAUGCCCCUUGAAUUGCUGCAAAUGAGUAAGAAGCUAGGAGGUCAAGACACAU